CGGAUGAAUACACGCCCAGCUCUCGCCGAGGACAGCGCCAGAGCCGCACCAGUGGACUCGCAUCCAGCCCCGGAGAGAGAGACCAGUGUUUAGUGUAGUCUGGAGAUUACCACCCUCUGUUCCCUACAAACAUGGCUGAUCAGUUAACAGAGGAGCAGAUCGCAGAGUUCAAGGAGGCAUUCUCCUUAUUUGACAAGGAUGGUGACGGUACCAUCACGACCAAAGAGCUGGGCACAGUCAUGCGGUCGCUGGGUCAGAACCCCACAGAGGCAGAGCUGCAGGACAUGAUCAACGAGGUGGAUGCUGAUGGCAAUGGAACUAUAGAUUUCCCAGAGUUCCUGACGAUGAUGGCCAGGAAAAUGAAGGACACAGACAGCGAGGAAGAGAUCCGUGAGGCCUUUCGGGUAUUCGACAAGGACGGAAACGGCUACAUCAGUGCUGCAGAGUUGCGUCAUGUCAUGACAAACCUCGGUGAGAAGCUGACAGAUGAAGAAGUAGAUGAGAUGAUCAGAGAAGCUGACAUUGAUGGUGACGGUCAAGUGAACUACGAAGAAUUUGUACAGAUGAUGACCGCAAAAUGAAGCCGCCACCUUCUGCAGUGCCCUCUUAGAAGAGAAAAACAAAUCAGUCACAUGUUUUACUUACCUCUUGGGGGAAAAACAAAGUUUAUUUAUUCAUAAUGUUUCUGUUUUAAAAUAAUUAAAUGUUAAAAUUAAGUAUCCAUCUGUCCACAUAGAAAAUAACGGAAAAACGUCAAAUAUCUGCAUGAAAUGGUUAGUGAUCCUGUCCCCAAAGAUCAGUCUAGCAUCAGUUAUUCAAGAGAAAAAUAACCUGUAACUCCCUUCAAACUGAAGAAAAACAGCAUUUGGUGAACUCUUUCAGUUCCAUCUGCUCUUGAUAAUGUUUGGGCUGGCCAUCCUCCUUUCGUUCUCUUGUUUUCCUGUUCUUCAUGCAUGCAGCUUGAGCCCGGAGCUCAUUCUCCAGCCAAUCAGAGCCUGCAGAGUCACCUGAAGUGUUGUUUUGUGGGUUUUUGUAAUUUAAGAGGAACCGUAAGUAGAGGGAGAGAUUGUAAAUUCAAGUUUGAAGUGAAACAGGGCUUUAAUUAAUGUAAUGUGGGGGAUCAAAACGUAAAAAAUAUAAUAAUACAAAAACAACAAAAUUUCAAACGUUCGGCAUGAUUUAUUGUUUAAGAUAUUUAAAUUUUUUAGUUGUUAUUUUGUUUAAAUUACUUUCUUUUCCUGGACAUCUCCUCUGUGGUGUGCUGCACCAUGAUGAUGGAGAUGAUGGUGGAAUGUUCUAGAUGGUUGGAGGAGUGUGGCUGAGCCCCUCUGUUUCUUUACUCUUGACCGGUGUAUUCUCCCCUGGAGCGGGAGUCUGCACUCCACUCUUCAGUUUGCUUUCAUUCCAAGUUUUACAUGCUACUGUUUUAAUAUUUCCUUAAAAUAAAGUGACCAUGUACUUUA